CAACCAGAGAGAAGGUAUAGAUGGUGGGCGCCACUGUUGAUAUCAGCCAUCCUCCCAAGGAGCAAAUGCAGGACCUGGAGUAUUGCAUCGAUUCAAACCCUUCUUGGGUCCAAACAAUUAUCUUGGCAUUUCAACACUACAUUUUGAUGCUCGGAACAUCUGUUAUGAUCCCAACCCAUCUGGUCCCAUUGAUGGGUGGCACAAAUGGUGACAAAGCUAGGGUCAUACAAGCACUUCUAUUUGUAUCUGGUAUCAAAACCCUUCUUCAGACGCUGUUUGGGACUCGCUUACCUACUGUCAUCGGCGGUUCUUAUGCCUAUAUGAUACCCAUCCUCUCAAUCAUUGGCGAUUCCUCAUUACAGAGGAUUCCAGAUCCUCAUGAAAGGUUCAUACACACUAUGAGGGCAAUUCAAGGAGCAGUAAUUAUAGGAUCAAGCUUGCAGAUCAUUCUGGGUUUUAGCCAGCUAUGGGGUAUCUUUUCGCGGUUUUUCAGUCCACUUAACAUGUCACCAGUAAUAUGCCUAAUUGGUUUGGAACUACUACAGCAUGGCUUUCCUGAGGUUGUAGCAUGCGUGGAAAUAGGUAUACCAAUGCUUCUUAUGGUCGUUGGGCUCUGCCUGUACCUAAAGCACAUCAAGUUAUGGAAGAAUUUUCCAGUAUUCGAGCGAUUUAGUAUUCUUAUAAGCAUCAUAUUCAUAUGGACAUUUUCCUUUCUCCUGACUGUCGUUGGAACCUACAAGCAUGCAUCAGCUAAAACUAAAACUAGCUGCCGUGCGGACAGUGCUCAUCUCUUAUCAUCUGCCCCUUGGAUUGAACUUCCUUAUCCAUUAGAAUGGGGACCUCCAACUUUCAAUGCAGGCCAUUCCUUUGCAAUGAUGGCAGCGGUUUUUGUUUCUCAGAUUGAGUCCACUGCGGCAUAUAUUGCUGCAUCACGCUUUGCUAUGGCAACUCCACCUCCUGCCCAUGUUCUAAGCCGAGGCAUCGGCUGGCAGGGUGUUGGGGUGAUGCUCGACGGCCUCUUUGGAACAUUAACAGGACCAACCGUCUCCGUAGAGAAUGUGGGACUGCUUGGACUAACACGGAUAGGAAGCCGCCGAGUCAUUCAAGUAUCAGCUGGUUUCAUGAUAUUUUUCUCCAUUUUAGGAAAAUUUGGAGCUUUGUUUGCGUCCAUUCCAUACCCUAUAUUUGCAGCAGUGUACUGUGUUAUAUUCGGUCUUAUAACAUCUCUCGGGUUGUCAUUCCUACAAUUCACAAACAUGAAUUCAAUGAGGAACCUAUUCAUUACGGGGCUCUCUCUUUUCCUCGGGUUAUCCGUUUCUCAAUAUUUUACGCAGACAUUGAUAACAUUUAAACAUGGACCCGUUAAUACAAGAGCUGGCUGGUUUGAUGGCUUCUUAAAUACCAUAUUCUCUUCAGCUCCUACAGUGGCCCUGUUUGUCGCUGUUUUGUUGGAUAAUACAGUAGAUGUUAAGGUGUCAAAGAAGGACAGAGGUAUGCCAUGGUGGGAAAAGUUUAGAAACUACAAAGGAGAUAUCAGGAAUGAGGAAUUCUAUGCAUUGCCCUUCAAUCUUAAUAGGUUUUUUCCCCCAACUUGAGUCCAAUGAAGUCAAAUUGGUCAGGUCUUUCUUUCUUAUUUCUUUUUCUUUUUUUUUCCC